AUGCCUUAUCACAGAAUCCUGAUCACGCUCUUCAUCGAGCUGACCACACCUGACGGCUCGAAUCUUGAGUCGAUUGCAUGGUCCAUCAUUGAAGCAUUUGGACAGAACGCUCUUUUCCUGCUGCAACCUCGCCGAUGUCCAGCUUUCGCCUAUGCCUGGCUAGACUUUGUUGGCCACAGAGCUGUGAUUGGAGCGCUCCUUGGAGGUAAUGGUUUUGCCGAAAAUGUUGAUCCAAUGAAGACGUCCGCUAUGUACACACAGUUGCUAAUAUGUCAUCUAAAAUUCCUUGCACCAUUCUUGAGGAAUAUCCAUUUGCCAAAAUCGAUAGCGGUGUUGUACAAGGGAACACUCAGUCUUAAAAUUUACAAAUCCACUGGGUUAAUCGAUGAAGUCAAAAUGUCUGCUUUUGUUUUGAAUAGGUUUUGUAGCUCUCAAAUAUUUUUCGAGAUUACUCUGCUUAGGGUGCUGCUCGUGAUUCUUCAUGACUUCCCUGAGCUUCUUUGCGAGUAUCACUAUGUGAUUAUUGACACCAUUCCACCCAACUGUGUACAACUUCGAAAUCUAGUGCUCUCAGCGUACCCGCGCAAUAUGCGCCUUCCAGAUCCGUUUGCAUUGAACUUCAAGGUUUGCUGUGAUUCGUUCAGGGUUCUGCUCGUGAUUCUUCAUGACUUCCCUGAGCUUCUUUGCGAAUAUCACUAUGUCAUCAUCGACACCAUCCCACCAAACUGUGUACAACUUCGAAAUCUGGUGCUCUCAGCGUACCCGCGAAAUAUGCGCCUGCCAGAUCCGUUCGCAUUGAAUUUCAAGCAAGUCGACAGCAUCCCAGAAAUGGCAAUUGAGCCGAAAUCCAACUUGAACAUGGCAUCGAUCAUCCCAGAUUCCAUUCGACUGCCACUGGACGCCUAUCUGAGGACAAGGUCGGCCGUUGACUUCUUGUCAGCAUUGCCCGGCAUGCUUCAGAUUUCGGACAACCCGGGUUCGAAGUAUAACAGCACAGUAAUGAAUGCGAUGGUGUUGUACGUUGGAAUGAAGGCCAUUGAAAGCCUGCAUGAGCGCCGUCAGCGCAUUUCAAUCUGCACGAUUGCGCAUACAGCUUUCAUGGAUAUUUUCCAAAAUCUGGCCGUUCAGUUGUGCACAGAAGGUCGCUAUCUGCUGUUCAAUGCAAUCGCAAAUCAACUGCGAUAUCCAAAUGCGCAUACACACUACUUCAGCUGUGUGUUCUUGUUUUUGUUCUUGAACUCGGAUCAUGAUGCGAUUCAGGUGAAUUUUUAUAAUUUUCGAAAGACAAUCGAUCGUAAAGGCACACCAAAUCUAAGGUUAGCGAGAUUUUUUACGCAGUAA